UACUACUUGUACAGUUCACUUUACAUUAUCAGUUAGGAAAGUCCAACUUAUAGUCUAUACAACAUUAGUUAUUUUUCAUACAAUGGGAAAACCGUUAUGGUGUCUAUUAUUUUCCCUAUGGGGUUGUUUUGCUCUUCAAUACAAAGAAUUCAUUUAUCCAUGGGAUGACGUUGAAGAUAGCAAAUUUGAAAGUUUAUUAAAGCGUCUGGUUUAUACGAAAAAUGGAUAUAUCGCUACUGGAUUGGUUUCCAAUGGUUAUAAAAGGUAUAUGGGAGUGCCUUAUGGAUUGGUGAAUGCAAGCAAUCCCUUUGGGCCAGCCGCACCUUACCCAGCAUUUAAAGAAACGUUCUACGCAGAAAAAGAAGGCAUCGUAUGUCCGCAGAUGAAAAAUGGCAAACCUAUAGGCAUCACUCAAUGCCUUACUUUAAACAUAUAUGUCCCACAAAACCGUGUUGCCUCCAGGCUUCCUUUACCAGUCAUGGUAUGGAUACAUGGAGGAGCAUUCGUGAGGGGAAGUGCUGAAGAUGAAGCCAGAAACCCUACCGCCUUCCUAAAACAUGACAUCAUAGUAGUAGCCGUAAACUAUAGACUUGGUAUCUACGGCUUCAUGUGCCUAGACACGCCUGAAGUGCCUGGCAACCAAGGACUCAAAGACCAGACACUAGCUCUCAGGUGGAUAAAGGAUAACAUUGCAGCAUUUGGAGGAGAUGAAAACAAAAUAACCGUUUUUGGCCAAGGCGCUGGUGGUAUGUCCGUGAACAUGCAUUUAUUUUCCUUAAACGAAAAGCUAUUCGAUCAAGCAAUCAUACAAAGUGGUCCAGCUCUAAGUUACUGGAUGAUGGGUGAAUCCGACAGUUCUGUACCAUUGAUACUAGCUGAAUACCUUGGCUAUUCAACUUCAGACGUGGAUAAGGCCUUGAAAUAUCUCUCAUCGAUUGACGCACAUUCUCUUGUAAAGGUAGCUCAUGAUUUAAAAACCACAAGCGCGUUUGUAAAUGAUCAGUUAUUUAAUAAGCCUUGCGUAGAGAAACGGUUUGAAGGUGUCCAGAACUUUAUAACAGAGCAUCCUAUGAAUAUGAUAUCCGAAAAAGCUAAAGAGAUUCCAAUAAUAAUUGGACAUAACGCACAUGAAUACCAUUCUCAAUGUUAUGAUCGAGAUGAGAAAUUUUUCGCAACAUACGAUAUAAGUAAACUAUUUAAAUUAGGUUUUAAUAUAGAUGCUGAUUUUGACGAAGCGUUGACUGCAGUUAAACAUUUUUAUUUUGGUGAUGCUCGUAUAGAAAAAGAGGGUGCAACGAAACUUGUAGAUUUUGUGACAGAUUUUAUUUUUGCUCAUCCUACGCAGAGGAUGACUGAAAAACUUCUGGAAAGUGGUGCGAAGACUGUAUACCGUUAUGUUUUCUCAUUCUUUGAAGCCAGUCAUGGGGAUGAGCUGCCCUAUUUAUUUGACUCACUAGUAUCACAACUUAAUAAGACUGAUGGUGGAAUAUUCUGGAAGGAACGAUUACAAGUGAAGCAUCGCAUGGUCAAACUUUGGACGAACUUUGUCAAGCAUGGGAACCCGUCGCCAGAGCACUCAAUAUUUCUACCGUUCGUUUGGACCCCAAUAACGAAUACAACCCAACCAUACUUGGACAUUGACAUCGUUUUCAAAAUGAAAAGUAGACAUGAGCACAGGUCUAUGGCUUUCUGGGAUUUGUUCUACAAACUAUAUGGGAAAUAUCAGAAAUGGUACCUAAACGAGGAUAAAGAACAAUCACUGGUUUUCAGAAAUAAUUCUUUGAAAAAUCUACAUUUCAAUUCCAAUGUUCAGUUUAAUACAAUUCAAAUAUUUAAUAUGAAAGACGAAAAUUAAAGAUUAUACAGUUAUAAACAUGAUGUUAAUAAACUUA